AUGACUGAUAGAUAUCCACGCUUGAGGAGCCCGUCCGGAAGGCGGUACACACCCUCAGACCCUAGCAACGGUGGCGUCGGUGGCAGCAGAGAAGACAAUCAAAAUGUUGUACGAACGUUACCUGCGUCGACUUCACAGAGUAAAACCGGGCAAAUGCAGAGUCUGCUUGGCGAGUUUAAAGUGCUGUAUGAAAGUAAACUCAAGAAUCUCGACGACGCCGACAAAAGAGGGGAGGAAACGACAAAGGUACGCACUCGAGUGCUGCAAGCAUAUGUAAAUGAUUUGUGUGAGCAGAAUGAAGUUCUGGUUCAAACAAUAGAUGAACUGGAAAGAGAGGCAAAUGAGAGAGUUAAUGAACUGGAGGACAAAUUGCACAAAUCUUCUAUUUCUGGGAAGGAUCAUCAGACGAAAUAUCGUGAACUUGAAAGGGAAUUGAGAACUCUGUCUGUUGAAAAGACUCGAGCGGAAGCUUUACUGGAGGAUGUACAAGCCCGUUUGACACAACAGGAAGAAACAACAGCUAAACUCCGGGAGCAGAACUCUAACCUGAACUAUGAUAUCAACCAACUUAUCUCAGUGAUGGAGAUGGCGAGGUCAUCAGGGAAAUGGGAGGUGGACAGAGUUAGAUUUCGGGAGCUGACAUUUGACCAGGUUUUUGGCUCGUUGCCCAAGACAUCGUCAUCUAAUAUCCAAGUCAGUGACUCAGACAAUGACCUCAGGGACCAGAUCAGACAGAAGGAUGACCUGAUUGUUGCUCUGCAGCAGGAACUGAAGCAGCUACGAUCAGAAUCGAGGCUCAUGGGAGGGGACACAGUGUCUGACACUUCAGAACUUUCAGCAACAAGACUGAGAUCUGACCUCACUAAAUUACAGCAAAGAGUUGAAGAUCUUAAAUAUGAGAUUCAGUCCCGUGAUCGAAAGAUUUCCAGUUUGACCAGCCAUAUUAGUGACCUGGAGACAGAACUUGACAUCAAGAACUCUGAGAUCAACAGCUGUAUGCAGACUGUCAAAAAAUUGCAGGAAAAGGGAAGACAUUCUGUGUUAGAGUCAUCCAAGUCUGGUGAUAUGAUUCGUCAACUUAAGUCUGAUGUGGUCUCAUUACGAGAAAACCAUUCUGAGCCAUCUCAAGAUAUUUCACACUUUGAAAGACACAUUCGUACUCUGGAAGCUGAACUUGCUGAAUCAAAAGAGUAUAGAAGGAAAAACCUUGAUGAGAUUGGUAUCUUACAAGAAAAGCUUCGAGAGGGUCAGUUUUCAAUACAUGACCACCACGAUGUGUUAAAAUCGGAGUUAGGCAGACGAGAUGACACCAUACAGAAGCUCAGAAAAGAUGUUUUAAGUUUACAGGAGAAGCGCGAUAGUGCCCUGUCUGAGUUACAUCGUAUGGAGAAAAGAAACAAGGCACUGGAGGAUGAAACAGCCCAUUUUAGAGCACAGAUCAGUGAGGCAGAUGAUGAGGUUGCGAAUGCAAACAAGAAGGUGACGAACUUGGAAGGAGAGCUGCAGUUUCUCCGGAGCCAGAACGAUGAAUGUCAAGGACAGAUCUGUGAGCAGAAGGAGAUGAUUACUCAACUUAGGAAUGAGAACAGGGAUAUUGAGGACAAGCUGCAGGAGGCUUUGAGCACAGCCCACCAAAGAAAUGAAGUUAUAAAACAGAUGAAGGAAGAAUUGAAGCUAGAUAGUUCAAAGAUUGAGGAUAUGAAACUCAAAUUGGAGGAAGCUGACAGAGAACAUCAGCACCUGCAGAGCAGAUACACAGCACAAGUCAAAGAGAUUGACAGACUUCAGACUGAGACUCAGGAGAAGGAGCUGACUCUCUCACAAAAGGAAACCAUGUACAGAUCUGAGAUGGCAGACAGAGAGGAGGAGAUCUCCAGACUCAAGGCUGAUCUCAAUGUCUUACAUGAGAAGCUGGCUGAGUCAGAAGGACAGUUGAUCUCAAGAGAAGAGCACAUUGAUCACGUUCAGAACAAACUUAGAGAUGUAGUAUCACAGCUGACAAGACGAGAAAAUGAGCUGCAAGCACUUGAAUCAAAACUUGAAGCAGCUAAUGAUGAGAGAAAAAGACUAGCUGAUGUGGUGCAGCAUCGAGAGAUGAGCCUGCAGCAGUUGGAGCAUGAUUUUGAUCACGCCAAAGAGAAGUACAAGGAUGCUGUUGAAGAGAAUGGCAGGCUGGAAGCCAGGAUUCAGGCUUUUGCUAUCAGCGCCCAGACUGAGCAGGAUGUCCUCAGUUCAGAGAUGAAACAUAAAGAUGAGGGUUUGGUGCGAAUGAAGAUGGACAUAAUGAAGUUGCAAGAACUCUGCAGCAGAUAUGAAGAACAGAUUUCUCAAGCGGAGAAAGAAGCAGAAUACUUGAGGUCCCAGCUCAGAUCAUCUCAAAAUGAG